AUGAUGUAUUCAUAUAACCCUUCUCUAACACAGAGGAUUACCCUGGAAGCAAUGUACGAAAGCUUCAUCAAAAGUUUUAAAGAUGAUCAUGAUGCUAAAGAGAAACUUGAAAAAUUACAAGAAUUUAUUAAUGCAAUUUCGACACCAGGUACAAAAAAAAAUAAAGCUACAUAUGACCAAAAAAGAAAAAGGGAAUAUCUCGGUGAUUUCGAUAUUAACAACAGUAAAUCUUAUUCGUAUAUUAAACAACUCUUAGGAGAAAAUCCUAAAAUGCUCAAUGUGAAACCAAUAAUACAAUUGAUGGACAAAUAUUAUAAAGAUCAUUCAAAAGACGAAAAUCCGCAAUUCAUCAAAUGUCCAAAUUCAAAAGCUAGAGAAGCCCAGAGAGAUUUAAAGUCAGCAUGCAAAUAUUUUGAUGAAAAUUUUGACCUUUUCGAAUUUUAUAUGAAAGAAAAUUAUUUCAUUGAAACAAUUUACACAAAAGUUGACAAUGAUUGA